AAAUUUGGACGUUCAUCGGCUGUACGCCAUCUCCACUGUGUGCAAGACAAAGACAACAUGAGCGGCAGAGGCAAAGGAGGAAAAGGACUUGGGAAAGGAGGCGCUAAGCGCCACCGCAAAGUCCUCCGUGAUAACAUCCAGGGCAUUACCAAACCAGCUAUCCGCCGUUUGGCUCGCCGUGGUGGCGUCAAGCGUAUCUCUGGUCUCAUCUACGAGGAGACCCGCGGUGUCCUGAAGGUUUUCUUGGAGAACGUCAUCCGUGAUGCCGUCACUUACACCGAGCACGCCAAGAGGAAGACCGUGACCGCCAUGGAUGUGGUGUAUGCUCUGAAGAGGCAGGGCCGCACUCUUUACGGCUUCGGCGGUUAAAUUCGAACACAUUCCCUUAAAACAACGGCUCUUUUAAGAGCCACCCACAUCUCUUUAAGAUGAUUCCUGCUGUUUUGAACAGAAACAUAAUAGU